UCAUCUUCAAAGACUUCAUAUAUACAGGCCACUGCACACUCUUUAGAAAUAUGCAAGAUAGUCUCUAUUUACUCUCUUUGUUCUUUCUGCCAAGAUAUAUCUAGCAUUCUGCUGCCUAUUACUUUUUUUUCUGCUUACAGUUUGUCACACCUCCAUAAAUGGUGUCAUCUGCCAAUACACCCUAUCCAGAUAAAUCUAUAUUGGAAAAACAAGGACAAGAAAUUGAAAGAGGGAAGUCUAUGAAUCUGCAAAAGACAAUACUGCCAUGGCAGAAAGAUCAGCUGCAAAAUCAGCCUCCCAGGAAGAGACAUCGAGCAGGACAAGCAGUUGGCCAAGAAGUUCGAAGAAGGGCAGACACCAGAACACAGUGCAAAGACGUUCUUCAUCUAAUCAGAUUGUUUCUCAGAAAAGAGGCACAGGCAGGAAUCAGGGAACAUAUAACCAAAAGCUUCAGGAUGAUGCAAGAACCCGUCAAACCAUUGAAAGGGACAAUAUCUGCUUAUUGGAAAGGAUUGCUAGAGUAAUGAACCCGCCAGGAGGUGCACUUGUUUCGAGUGCUUAUAGUUUGAGAAGGCCAACAAAAACUGAUCGUGAAGAAAUGAAACUGAAGAAGCAGCAACGUGAGUACGAGCGUUUACACAUUGAAAAUGAAAACCUUGCAAUGCUGGAGAAAUUGGCGACGAUAAUGGCUCCUCAACCAGGCGGACCUAGCUGGAAUGACUAUAAGAAAAGCAAAUGGAGCGGUAAACCAGCACAGGACAAGCUGCCGCUGAUUUCACAGGAGCCCAGAAGUGUGAUGUCCAGAAAACCAGUCCCAAAGGAACAGAAGGCAAAGGACUUUGCCGAAAUUGAAGCAGAAAAUAUCAACAUCCUAGAAAAACUGGCCACAAUAAUGGCUCCAAAACCUGGUGGUUCCACCUGGGGCAACUAUGAUCUAAAAAGUUUGAGUACGCCUAAAUAUGUUUCCAAGAUGCCCAAAAUUUCAGCAAGUAAGGGUGCAAUAUGCCAGACCAACAACCGCACAAGGGAGAUGAAACUCAAGGAGGUUCCGGUGGGGCGAAAUAGCAUUGAAGUCGCUAAUCUUGCCAUGCUAGAACGACUAGCUAAGAUAAUGGCUCCGCCACCGGGUGGUCUCAGUUGGAAGGACUUUGAGAAAAAAAAGUAUGAAUCCAACCAAGGAUUAACUGAAUUCCCAAAGAUUUCCAAGAAUAAGGGUGGAAUGAGUGGACAAAGAUAUAGCACAAAGGACCAGAAUGAGAGCUGGAGGGACAUCAACCAGAAAUUACCCCCUGUCUCCUCAAACAGCAAGAAAACUAGCAACUAAAAGGUCAAUGUUAAGGAUUUGAUAAGAAGCUGAAGUUCAUUACCAUCUGUUAUUUGAAGUGUGCUGUGUUGAUCAUGGUGGCCUCUUUGUGUAUGCGGCAAUUAAAUUACAGUUAAUAAAACUGUUCACUGUUGUGA